AUGAUCGCACAACUCUCCGAUGCCGGGCGUCAGGUUCUGGAUUCUGUUGCCCGAAAGACGGUGAUCGCGCCGUCUGUUGUACCGUACGCUGCCACCUUCGCCAAAACCUGCGAUGCAACCCAGGGAGAUAUCGAUUUCUUGAUCAACGGGUUCGUGUACGCGGCUGGGUACUUGGAAGCAGCAGGGUUCGACGGGAGUGGAACCACACGGUGCCUGCCCACGGCUAUGUCCUCUCCCAAUUCCUCGCAUCGCGCGCACCAACAAGCGAACGGACAUGUACGGGGGCUCGCUGACGACCCGGAUGAGGAUGCCUGCGCAAGUCGCCGAGGGAAUUCGUGUCAGGACCUCACUAUCCUUCACUGUCGGCGUGACUGGAGUUUCAAGACGGCGGAUUUACAGUCGAGGAGGCAGUCGGCAUCGCUCGCCCAUCGGCUCACGAGCCAUGGAUUGCGCGAGAUCUGCUCAAUGGUAAGGUUGGUCAAGCCGGUCCCACCGUUUGACAACGACAGCGCGCUGAGCAACGCCCUGGAGGGUGUUCAGCUGCGUCAAGUGGCUUUCGGCUUCCGACCGCUUAACCCAAGCGACGAAAAUGACAUCGAGAACUUCAAACGGGACAUAGAAGUUCACGAUUCGGCCGCAGCGGAUGAUCCUGACAAGGAAGUCCCUUGGUUUGUGAGCGUGUCUGCCGAGAAAGUCCCAUACGACUCUUCUGGAGACCUAUAA